CAGUCAUAUCCACCUGGAGUUUAGAGGUAUCAACAUCAGUGGCUGCGGACACAGUCUCAUGAACGACAUUGGGUUUCCUGAAAACCGGUAUUCAUGACAUGUCAGUUGCAUUUAAAGAAGUGAAGACAUGAUGAAUGGAGAAACAAAGAUUCAUGUCCACUCAGAGAGUGUAACUUUGGAGGACACAGAAAAAGGAGGGGCCGUCGUCACACGAAUCACGAAUCCAGCAAUUAAUCUGAAGGAAGAUGAUCAGCUUGUUGCUGCAACCAUUCAUCUGGACCACCUCAGUAAAGAUGAAGUGCUAAACUUGAUCAGAAUCCUCAAGUCCUAUGACAAGAACCUUGAACUUAAGACAGCAAAGGAUCUGAAAGCAGGACUGUCUCUUGGUGAUCUCCGAUUAAACAGUGAGGCAGGACUUCAAGCACCAGGUGUUCAGGUUAAUGGGCUGAAAGGACAGAUAAAUGCCCCAAGCCUUAAGAGUGGGAUCUCAACCCCAGCAGUAAAUGCAGAAAUGCCACAGAUUGAGCUAAAGGAUGCCACACCUAACUUCAGCCACCGAGGGUUCAAACAACCAACUUUUGGCAUGUCUGCACCAAAUCUCAAUGGAGCAGGUCUGGAUGGUACAUUAGAAGCACCUGAUGUCAGUGUCUCUACCCCUACUCUUAACACCCCAGAUGUUUCUGUUAAUGUGGACAAGCCUGAACUGAAGACCAAAACAGCCAAGUUCAAAAUGCCCACCUUCAGUCUACACGCUAAAAAACCAAGGAUUGAUGGUGAUGUGAAUUUAACUGCCACAGACAUAAACGCUGACCUAAAAACCCCUGAUCUGAAUCUGUCAGCCCCAAAGAUUAAUGGAGAAAUUGGCACCCCUGAAGUAGACAUGACCUUGCCAAAAACUGAGCUCAGUGGUCCAAACCUGGACAUAAAAAAACCAAAAGCUAAUAUUGAAGCUCCCUCUGGCAAGAUUACAUUUCCUAAAUUAAAGAAAGCAAAAACUACAAAAGUGAAAGUACCAGAGGCGAGUGUUGAUGCAAAUCUUUCUGCCCCAAAAUUAAAUGCAGAUGUUAGUGCACCAAAUGUUGACAUUGAUCUGCCAAGAGCCAAUCUUGAAGCUCCAGAUGUAGACAUUAAAACUCCUGAUGCCAAUAUAAAUGCUCCCUCUGGCAAGACAAAAUGGUUAACAUUUAAGAAACCCACAUUUGGGCAGAAGGUUAAAGCACCAGAGGUUGGCUUAGAUGCCAAUGUCUCAACACCUGAUUUAAGUCUCUCAGCACCAAAGAUAGAUGGGGAUAUCAGCAUCCCAAAUGCAGAUGUCAAUUUACCAAGGGCUGAUGUUGAUGUAAAAGCACCUGAUGUAGACAUUAAUGCUCCGUCUGGAAAGCACAAGUUCCCCACUCUUAAAAUGCCAAAGCUAAACUUACAUAAAUCAAAGCUGAAAACUCCAAAUCUAAAUGCAGGGGUACAAACACCAGACUUGGACAUGUCAGCUCCUGGGGUAGAUAUUAAUCUGCCAAAAGCUGAAUUAAAUGGACCGAAUCUAGAUGUUAAGACCCCAGACCUCAACCUCUCUGCACCAGAUCUAGAUAUUAAAACUCCAGCUGUUGAUGUGACGACACCAGAUAUUGACAUAGAAACUCCAUCUGCAAAUUUAAAGAAGCCCCAUGUUAAACUGCCAAAAAUAAAUCUAUCUAGGCCAAAAAUGAAAGGUCCAGAUGUAGACCUCAAUGCACAGGCAGAUCUCCAUGGACCGAACCUAGACCUGAAAGCUCCAGAUCUCAGUCUUUCAGCACCCAAAGUGGAUGGCAAAUUUAUUGCUCCAGAUGUGGAUCUGAACUUACCAGAUACUAAUGUCAAAAGUCCAAAUGUAGACCUCGAAGUCUCAGACAUUGACAUAAAUGCUCCUAAAGUAAAUAUCGAUGCCCCCUCUGGAAAAGCGAAGCUACCUCACUUUAAGAUGCCUAAAUUUGAUCUUUCUGGACCUCGGGUUAAAACCCCAAAUCUAGAUGCACCUGAUGUAGAUGUGAACAUCCCCACAGCAGAACUCAAAGGACCUAAUGUAAAUGUUAAAGCACCCAAUCUUAGUGUUUCCACACCUAAAUUUGAAGGUGACAUUUCUACUCCCUCUUUAGACAUUGGUUUGUCAAAAGCCAACUUGAAUGCUCCAACUGCAAACAUUGGGGGAAAUGUAAAGUCACCAAAUCUCAAACUCUCCACUUCAGAUGUAGACCUAGACUUGCCAAAAGCAGAGCUUGAAGGACCUGAUGCUACCCUUAAAGUCCCAGAUGUUGACAUUAAUGCGCCAUCUGGAAAAAUGAAGUUGCCACAUUUCAAUUUGCCAAAACUGAAUUUGUCUGGGCCAAAAGUUAAAGGGCCUGAGCUGGAUGCUAAAGCAGAUCUAGAUCUCUCAGUUCCCAAACUCAAAGGAGAAUUAAAUGCACCUAGUGUUGACCUAAAUCUUCCCAAAGCUGAGAUCAGUGCGCCUGAUGUAAAUGCAACUUUACCAAAAGCUGAGGUCAGCGUUCCCAAUGUAGAUAUCAAGUCGUCCCCAAACUUAAAGGCUCAGUCUGGAAAGCUGAAACCGAUUCCAUUUAAGGAACUAAAAGUUGAACUUUCUGGUCCAAAAGUGAAGACACCUGAGAUUGACUUAAAUACAGAAGCUCCUGAUCUCAGCCUCUCAGCUCCAACAGUUGAUGCAUAUGUCAAAGUGUCAGAUGCUGAUAUAAACCUUCCCAAAUCAGAUGUUGACAUCAGUGCUCCCAAAGGAAAGCUGAAAUUCCCAACACUCAAAAAGCUGAACUUGUCUGGUCCAAAAGUAAAAUCUCCUGAUGUUGACAUUGCCGCUGAUGUACAUGGACCAGAUCUGAACCUAUCUGCACCUGGGGUUGGUACUCCUGAUGUUGACGUGAGUCUACCAAAUGCUGGGGUUGAUUUAGAUGUUUCCACAGCAGACGUUGACAUCAGUGCUCCUAAAGGAAAGCUGAAAUUCCCAGCACUCAAAAAGUCCAACCUAUCUGGUUCAAAAGUCAAAUCUCCUGAUGUUGACAUUGCCGCUGAUGUACAUGGACCAGAUCUGAACCUAUCUGCACCUGGGGUUGGUACUCCUGAUAUUGAUGUGAGUCUACCAAAAGCUGGGCUUGAUGUAGAUGUUCCCACAGCAGACGUUGACAUCAGUGCUCCCAAAGGAAAGCUGAAAUUCCCAACAUUCAAAAAGUUCCACCUAUCUGGUCCAAAAGUCAAAUCUCCUGAUGCUGACAUUGCUGCAGAUGUAAGUGGACCAGAUCUGAACCUAUCUGCACCUGAGGUUGGUACUCCUGAUAUUGAUGUGAGUCUACCAAAACCUGGGCUUGAUGUAGAUGUUCCCACAGCAGACGUUGACAUCAGUGCUCCCAAAGGAAAGCUGAAAUUCCCAACAUUCAAAAAGUUCCACCUAUCUGGUCCAAAAGUCAAAUCUCCUGAUGCUGACAUUGCUGCAGAUGUAAGUGGACCAGAUCUGAACCUAUCUGCACCUGAGGUUGGUACUCCUGAUAUUGAUGUGAGUCUACCAAAUGCUGGGGUUGAUGUAGAUGUUCCAAGCAUCAACGCUGAAGUUGAGGGCUCCAAGCAUAAGGUAAAAUGGCCUUUCAAAUGGGGAAAAUCUACUGAAUCAAAGGAUGGGGAUAUAAACAUUAAAGCACCAGAAGUAAAUGGUACCACUGGAGAACUUAAACUCCCCAAAAAUAUACCAUUGUUCAAGCCUCACCCCCUACCUGACAUCAACAUUGACAGUAUCUUACCAAAAAUCACUGGAACGGUUGACCUCAGUACUGACCCUACAAAAACAACUACUGACGAGGUUGUCUCGGUCUCGUCAGUCAAGGCAAAUCUUAAAGCUUCUUCUCCAUCUGCUGGGGUCAAUGGACAGACAGCUACUGUAGAUAUCCGGGAAAAGCUGAGGUUGUCUAAUGCACGUACUACAAGCCCAGAUUUCGGCAUAUCUUCAGAACCAGGCAGCCCUACAAAAGUGAAUAGAGGAACAUUUAAAGUCACAAAGCCUGAUGCUGAAAAGGCCUACCCAGUAAUUGAUACAACUAGCAACGAAGAUGACGCCAAGAUUACCCUCAGCUUGAACAACAUGCUUGGUUUGCCAACAGAUUAAACUUUAAAUAAAACCAGGAGCCUUGUUAGUGUAGUUCCAUACCCACUGCAUAUAGGUAAUACAUAUGUAGAACAAUAUGUAAAAAAAUUAAAAACACCUCCAACUGUUUACUUUUAAAAUGGGUAGCGUAUUAACAGACAAGCAUUACAGAAUUUGACAGAGAUGUAAUUAUUUUUAUAUUCAGUUUUAUAUAUAUAUAUAUAUAUAUAUAAUUGUAUAAAGUUCUCUUUAAAUGUGCAAUGAUUGUAUCUUCUGAAAACAUGAAGGAAAAUGACAAAUCUGUAAUUCUGUCUAUUUUGUCACUGUUUUAUGUAAUUUUAUCUAAUAUAUAGUCUUUUGUUUA